GCCUGGGUGCUCUCGUGUCUGUGUGUCGAGGUGCGUCCUCGACUCCCCCUGUGCCUGUGCUUGCGAGGCCCGCCCCUCGAGCCUCUCCACUGCUUUGUGCCGGUGCGGGCGUGUAACUGUGUCGCUGUGUGUGUAGGUCCGCCCGUCACUGUGAGCUAUCACUCCAGAACUUUGAGCCCGUGCACCUGUGCCUGUGACUUCGUGUGAGUCCGUACCCAGGUGUCACUGUAUGUUUGCACGUGCCUGACCCAGGUGGCCUGUGCCUAUGAAUUUGAGUGUGUGUUAGGUAUUUGGGGUCCUCUAUGUGUGAUUUUGGGCACGUGUGCAACUUGUUCUUGGUGUGCAGCAAUGUAGAUGGAUUGGCUGGUGUGCCGGAUGGUAUGAGUGUGCCUGAGUGUGACGGCAUGUGGAAGGCUGUGCACGGGGUGUUUAUGAGAGACACUGAGAGCAUGGGGUUGCUCUGUGUGUGUGUGUGUCUGGAGCCCCCGCACACUUGUGGCUCUGGGCAUGUGUGAAGCUCUGCCUGCUGCGUGACUGUGUGUGUGGCCGGGUUUGCCACUGUGGGUGAUGUCCCAGGCAGAGCCUGCCUGUCGAGCAGAGCGGCUUGUGUGACUUUGUUGUGUGUGUGCCUGGGGCAGGUGCGCUUGGAGUUGUGUGGGUGUGCCAGACUGCCUGCCUCCUUGUGUGGGGAAGACUGCCACAGCAUAUGGGUGACUGUAUAAGGCCAUGAGAGUGCCAAGGAGGGGGGUGAUGUAACUCCCACCCCCAUGGUGUCAUUGUGUGCAACUCCAUUUGUGUGUCUGCCACUGAGCAUGUCUGUGUCUCCCCUUCGGUGGCCUGUUUGUGUACCUGACACGCCCAGGUUUACCCCGCCCUGAAUCCACUUACCUCCCCCCCCCCCGCCACACACACACACAGAGGAAAUACCCUGAGUCCGUAUUCCACCCACCCACCUGCCUCUACCCCAGCAUCUUCAUGGGUCCCUGUUUCUUUCUCCCACUGAUGCUGACUGGACCCACUGAGGCAUGGUUGCCAGGACAGGGGCCACAGCCAGAGUCACAUGGACAGGGCCUGAUCCUCUCAAACCUGCGAGAUAUGAUAAGGAAGAUGUGAAAUUGAAGCAGCAGCUCAGGGAAACCAGGAUGGAAGGACUCUUGACUGACACUGUCCCCCGGGGUUCCGUGUUGGGAGAGACCCAGAAACAGGAUGGUAAGUUCAAGGACAGACAGGAGACCCCCAGGGAAGACCCCACCAGGGGUUUCCUCGUCACGCAUGAGGAACCCGGUGGAACCCCCGGAACCAGAUUGAGUCCGCCCGCUACCCAGGCUGACAACCGUCCCCAGAGGCGCGGUGCACCAACAAAGAGCCCAAAUCUGAGGAGCACCCCAGAGGAGGCAGGCGGGGGCCCCAGAAAGCCGUGGAAGUGUGGGGACUGCGGCAAGGCCUUUAGCUACUGCUCGGCCUUCACCCUGCACCAGAGAACGCACACGGGGGAGAAGCCCUUCUCCUGCCCCGACUGCGGCAGGGCCUUCAGCCAGAGCGUGCACCUGACGCUGCACCGGCGGACGCACACGGGCGAGCGGCCCUACCCCUGCUCCAAGUGCGGCAAGGCCUUCAGCCAGGGCUCCUACCUGGCGGCGCACUGGCGCAUGCACACGGGCGAGCGGCCGCACAGAUGCCCAGACUGUGGCAAGGCCUUCACGCGCCCCACACACCUGGCGCAGCAUCGGCGCGUGCACACGGGCGAGCGGCCCUUUGUCUGCAGCCAGUGCGCCAAGGCCUUUCGCAGCCGCUCGUCCCUGCUGGAGCACCGGCGCAUCCACACGGGCGAGAAGCCGUUCGCGUGCGUGCAGUGCAGCAAGGCCUUCCGCUUCUCGUCCGCACUCAUCCGCCACCAGCGCACACACACGGCCGAGCGGCCCUACGCGUGCGGCCAGUGUGCCAAGGCCUUCACGCAGAUGGCACACCUGGCGCAGCACCAGCGCGUGCACACGGGCGAGAAGCCCUACACGUGCCCCGAGUGCGGCGCACCCUUCAGCCAGAGCGCCUCACUGGCCGAGCAUCGGCGCAUCCACACGGGCGAGAAGCCCUACACGUGCACGCAGUGCGGCAAGGCCUUCACGCAGGUGUCGCACCUGAGCCAGCACAGGCGCGUGCACACCGGGGAGCGGCCCUACGCGUGCCGGGACUGCGGCCGCGCCUUCAGCAACCACUCGCACCUGGCGCAGCACCACCUGGCGCACACGGGCGCCCGCCCCUACGAGUGCCUGGAGUGCAGGGCUCACUUCAGCCACGCGUCCUCCCUCACCGAGCACCGCAGGGUCCACACCGGCCAGAAGCCCUUCCGGUGCGGGGACUGCGGCAAGGCCUUCGGCCAGGGCUCCUCACUGACGCUGCACCGGCGGACACACACGGGCGAGCGGCCCUACGCGUGCCCUGAGUGUGGCAAGGCCUUCAGCAACCGCUCCUACCUGAUCCAGCACCACAUCGUGCACACUGGGGAGAAGCCCUACGAGUGCAGCGGCUGCGGCAAGGCCUUCGGCUUCUCCUCCGCGCUCAUCCGACACCAGAGGAUGCAUGCUGACAAGAAGGCUGAGGACACCUUUGCCCAGCUGCAGCAGCACCUGCCUCCACACCCGAGCUCGCCCGAGGAGGAGCCCGUUGACAGUGGCAACGCUGCAGACACUGGGGGACCAGCCUAAGAAUGAGGGCUGACACCUACCAGGGGCUCCUAUAGGCGGGCGCUCUGCUGAGCCUCUCUCCUCAUGUUUACCCUCUGGCACUAGGGAGCACCUGUCCCACCAUCCCCAUGUGCCCCCCAAGGACACCGAAGCUCAGAGAUGCUCCACGGAAUGCCUGAGGUCACACAGGCACAAGACUGGACCCCUCGUCCUCCAGGCUCCCCGCCACUGCCUCCCUGGUCCAAAAUUGUAAUUGUGACCCAUGAAAGUAGACCCAGAGACUUGUCUGUGGGUCCCCGGCUGGCCUUUUGAUUGUCGAUGUUAUGAUUACGUAGACAUUUGUUUGACACAUUUAAUUUAAAAAGUUCAGCCCUUUGGUGAAAUGGGCAUGAUAACAGGGAUCAGGAUCUUAAAAAGAAAUAUAGAGCCCCAGUCUUUUUUUCAGUAUGAGGAAACAGCUCCUCUCUCCAGCUUCCCCCACAACUCAAAGUCCUGGCUUAGAACGGUUGUGUCCAUUAGCUAUUGUCCCAGAACAAAUCACCCUGAAUGUGCAUUUAAUGUUUUCAUCUGCCAGGUGGUCCUGGAGCUCAGACUAGGCUCGUUUGAUUUUGGGUGGGGCGGCGCCACCAUAGCAGCCUUUCUCAGAGCCGAUGCUACAAGCUCAGGGAGCACAGUAGUGCCAGCAGUUGGCCGCUGUGGAGGCAGGCUGAAAUCAGAGCUGAUCCCCAGGGGAUGUUCGAACCUCAGAUUUACGUCACUGCUGCCGCUUUUGUUAUCUCAGCCCCUUCGGGACAUCCAGUUGGACUAUGGGUGCUCCCCUAGCCAGGAUGGAUCUGCCCUUUGCAGCUGUGGGCCCUGUGGACGCACGUGUGCGCGGGUGUGUGUGCACACACACACACAGGCUGGGUUGGGGUCUGGGCUGCUUCCACGGCAGGACCAGGUAAGCGACUGUUGCAGUCCUGUACCUGACUUCAGUGGAUCUGCGCCUGUGGAUCUGCACUGGUGGCUUGGUAAACACAGCACCAGAGGAACACCAGGGCCGGGACACCUGCCUUCCCACAAUGGAGGUGAAGCUACAGGUAGUGCCAACAACACUCUGUGAGUGUACAGAACAGGCAAUGCCACACAGCUCACUCCCUGGUGGACAGCUCCAGUGCAGGAGUACUCACUGGCUUCUCCCACAGGAAGAGCACUCUAAUUCUACCUACCUCACAUCACAGCUUCAAAGCGGGUCUGGGGGCCUCUACCCUGCCAACUAGAGAACAGACUCUGCUUCAGAGAGAGCAGUGACAACCUCAGAGGAAAGAAGAGGCCCCGUUUAAUAUCCAGUGCAGGCUCUGGUCAUCACAACACUAGUCUAGAGGAUAAGAGCCAGCACACACUGAAGACGGACAAGGCAGGCAUUCAUGCUAAGAACAACCCCCAGCACCAAAAGACUUAAAACCAAACAGGCCACACAAGAAUGCUCCCACAUACAAAUAGCCCUCCAAGAGAGGAGUAAAUAACCAUUUCUCCUAAACUCAUAGAGUAAGAGAAAUAUAAGUGAAAUGAAACAACCAUUCCCAAUUAAAAGAUUAAGAGAAUUCCCCCGAAAGAACAAUGAGACAGACCUCUUCAGUCUAGUAGACACUGAAUUCAAAAAGGAGAUAAUGAGGUGCAGCAGGUUAAGGAUCCAGCAUUGUCUCUGCAGUGGCUCGGUUCACUGCUGAGGCAUGGGUCUGACCCCUGGCCUAGCACAGUGGGUUAAAAAUCCAGCGUUACCACAGCCAUAGGUUGCAGCUGUGCCUCAGACUUGAUCCCUGGCCUGGGAACGUCCAUAUGCUACAGGUGUGGCCGAAAAAGAAAAGGGGGGUCAGAUAAUGAAAAUAUCAAAGGAAUUAAGGGCUAUCAAUAGAAAUGCAGAUUACUAUAAAAAAAACUAGGAACUAUAAAAAGGAACCAAGAAAAACUAGAAAAUUCAUUUGCUGAGCAAAAGCUGAGCAAAACGCAAUAAAUAGAUUAAAUAAUACACAACAAAAAAGUGAUCUGAAAGAUAAAAUAACAGGAAUUACCCAAUAAGAACAGCAGACAGCCAAAUGAAAAAAAAAAAAGAAAAAGGAAAGCAGCAUACAGUCCUAUGAGAUAAUAUAAAACAUUCCAAUUUACGCAUAAUAGGGAUCCCAGGAGGAGAAAAAAGAAAAGCGUAUCGAGGGAGUUCCCGUCGGGGCUCAGUGGUUAACAAAUCCGGCUAGGAACCAUGAGGUUGCAGGUUCCGUCCCUGCCGUUGCUCGGUGGGUUAACAAUCCGGUGUUGCCGUGAGAUGUGGUGUAGGUUGCAGAUGUGGCUCGGAUCACACGUUGCUGUGGCUCUGGCGUAGGCUGGUGGCUACAGCUCCGAUUCGACCCCUAACCUGGGAACCUCCAUAUGCCGCGGGAGCGGCCCAAAGAAAUAGAAAAAAGACAAAAAAGAAAAAGAAAAAAGAAAAAAAGCGUACCGAAAAUGUAUUUGAAGAAAUUAUGGCUGAACUUCCUAAGCCUAAAGAAGGAAACAGCUAAAGUCAGAUAAAGGAAGCAGAGAGGGUCUCAAGCAAAAUGAACUGAGACGCACACCAAGGCAUAUUACAAUUAAAAUGGUGGACAUAAAA